GUCACAAUACAUUGACUAACAGAUACAAAUUAUUUGCAGAAUAAAAAAUAGCAGUCUGAGUUGACAUUGUUACAUUCACCAGGUACUGGAGAAAGUGGGAAAAGUACCUUCAUUAAACAGAUGAGGAUUAUACACGGAGGAGGAUACACAGCCGAAGACAAGAUGAGCUAUGUCAAACUGGUCUACCAGAACAUCUACACGUCCAUACAGUCCAUGGUCCGAGCCAUGGAGGCCCUGAACAUAGCGUUCUCUGAUCCUCAGAACAAGCGUCAUGCCAGCUCUGUCCUGGAGGUGGAGGUGGACAAGGUGGAGCAGUUGGACCAUGCAGUGGCCAUCAAGAGUCUGUGGUGUGAUAGAGGAAUACAGGAGUGCUACGACCGACGUAGGGAGUACCAACUCUCAGACUCCACUAAAUAUUAUCUCACAGACUUGGAACGGAUUUCACAGCCUUCUUACGUUCCUGACCUUCAGGACAUCCUCAGGGUACGAGUGCCCACUACAGGAAUCAUUGAAUAUCCCUUUGACAUGGAGAACGUCAUCUUCAGAAUGGUGGAUGUUGGAGGUCAGAGGUCAGAGAGAAGGAAGUGGAUCCACUGCUUUGAGAACGUCACCUCCAUUAUCUUCCUGGUGGCGCUCAGUGAGUAUGACCAGGUCCUGGCCGAGUGUGAUAACGAGAACCGUAUGGAGGAGAGCAAAGCUCUGUUUAAAACCAUCAUCACUUACCCCUGGUUUCAGCGUUCCUCCGUCAUACUGUUCCUCAACAAGACCGACAUUCUGAACGAGAAGAUCAUGUACUCGCACGUAGCCAACUACUUCCCAGAAUUCACAGGACCUCAGCAGGAUGCUGGAGCAGCUCAGGAAUUCAUGCUGAAAAUGUACAAAGAACAAAACCCUGACAAGGACAAGACGUUGUACCAUCACUUCACCUGUGCCACAGACACGGAAAAUAUCCGCUUCGUCUUUGUGGCGGUUAAAGACACCAUCCUCAGACACAACCUGAAGGAGUUCAACCUGGUGUAAAGAGAGGAAGGACAACAGAGGAGAGACCUGAGUCUACAGGAGCUCAGAAGGGAAAUAGAAAACACCAUUAAAAUAAUAUAUUUUUAGGUCAAAAUGUUUUCAUUUCAUAGAGAAUUUAUUCUGUUUACGUGUACAAAUUGACUCUAGUGUAAAACAGCUGUAGACAACAUGUUACUGUAGAGUGGAGAAUGUGAAUACUACUAGUUUUAUCAAUAAAGUGUGGACUAUUUAUUUAUUAGAUUCACAAACUACAAUGCCUGAAAAGUUGACUAAAAGUUAAAACUCCAGCUAAAACUAAAGUCUGUAAUGUGUGGAAUUAUUCAUUAAAUUAAAUUUGUUUGUCAGACAGAAAACAAAAUAAAGAAUUCAAGUUACUGCACU